CUCCGUCUUGUCUCCGCAACCAGGAACAGCGACUGUCUCUACCUGCCACCAUGUUCAAACCCUCACAGCCGAUGAUGGCGCGGUUGCGCCUGACAACCAAGCAGGUCAAUGGCGGCUACUAUAAGGGCACCCGGUCCGGCUCAAUGGGUUACUUCGCGAAGAACGGAUCCUAUGUGAUCGACUGGAAAAAAGUCCGCACUUAUGUCGUGCCUGAGAACUUGGAUCAGUUCAAGCUGACGCCCUUUGUGACGAAACGUAUGCCUGCGACGAAAUCCAAAUACACGCAAGAGGUCGAGAGGAGGGGAAGGACCAUGACGAUUGAACGGGCUUUCGGCGGCAAGGACUACCUUGAUAUGUGGGCAUCGGACAAUGGACAGGAAGUCCUGGAACAGGAACGCCUGGAGUCGCAGGCUGCCGAGAAAGCCGCAGAGACAUCGAAACCGACCGAGCCUACUCGUCAAUAGUCGUCGACUUUGGGGAAACAAUUCGGAUAUUCGGACAUAUUGAGGCGUACCCCGUCCUUGUGCUCUAGCGGUCAGACCAGGCAUGGAACAUAGCGGCAGCUGAUCGAGCAUCUCCGCGUCAGCUGCUGUCACUCUCGAGGACGCUGAAGUCGGGUUGCCUUCUCUUGCCUUAUCCGCUGGCUUGCGUGGAUUGUAUUCUAUGUACAGUAGCUGUGGGAUUUGAUGUUGAGGGCACAUAUCAUUGGGGCUACCGAUGUAUCAUGCAGUUGAAGAGACUGGGCACACUAGCCUAGGUCUCGAUCAUUGCCCUUGGUACGUGGAUUGGAUUGCGGCGCAUCUCUGGGUUUUGCAUUUUAGCAAAUGGUUUAUUUUACCAAUUACAAUUUCAUGAUCUUCGGAAAGACAUGGCGUUCCUUGUGAUACGCCCUUGAUGAG